AUGGCGACCGACGAUUACUUCUACCAAGAGACCAAUGCUGACUUCAGCCGCAACCUCGGCGAGCUGAAGACGGACAACCCUGAAGGCAACCGGUUCCAGCGACAAUUCCCACACCUCUCUGACGUCAAGUCCAAGUUCAAGAAGACAGUCGAGACGGUGCUCUGCGUCCACGGGCAGAAAAGCGAGAAGGAGCCAGGUGUGCCCAUGACGCUGCUGGUUCUCGGCGUGCAGCUCAACUGCCACAAGCGGGACUUCCGCUUCCAGUCGGUGAAGAUCUGGCUCGAGUUCGGCGAGGACGACAAGGCGGAUCCGCCGAACGCGGUGCCGGCCAAUGCAAAGGUCGUCGCGUUCGCGCCGUGGGCCCAGGAGCGGCGCUGGAACGAGAACGAUGGGAGCAUCACGAAUAAGAAAGGCGGUACAGCCGGUGUGGGCGCUGAGCAGAUCGCCAAAAUCGAGCUGAGCGGGACGAUGGAGCACCAGAUUGCCUACACGCGAAAGUAUUUUGACCGGGGCACGGCAAGCCGGAUUGCUGACGAACACACUGGUAGAGUCUAUGGGGUCGAAUGGUACUGCGAGCAGAACAAGCUGCAGAAGUUUGGCGUCAAGCCGUACUUCCUUCUCGCCGUGCUUGUCGAGCGUGCUUCCGCGGCUACCUUCAGCGCCACGUACAAAAUGCGCAUCGAGGCUGGUUUCAUGCACGAUCUGGGCCAGGGGAUACGCUCCGCCUUUCGCCUCCGCCGUCCCGAGGACGCGCCGCUGUACUAUGAUCCGUCCCUGCCACCCCAAGCCCAUGGGUUGGAGGACGAAGGCAUCAGUCUACUCGCCAAAGUCGAUUCGAAGAAUCUUGGUGCCCUAGCUGUUGGGGAUCAGUUGAGUAAAUUUGUGGAUCCCGAUGAGGGUGCGCUUUCGGUUGCUUUUGAGCCGCUUCAACCGCCAAAGGAGGAUGACGAUGAUGCCGAGGAUGAUGACGAUGAUGCGUGA